AUGGGUCCAGAGGCAUUUAUUAAUUUUUGUGAGAGACUAAGAUCAACUGAGUUAGUUAAGGACACCAUUCGGUCGAUAGUGGAGCAACAAGUUGCUCAAUUUCUUCAUAUAAUUGACCAUAAUGUUAAGAAUCGAAGUGUCGCAUUUUUCUUUCAUCGAUCUGGCUCGACGGUUAGCAGACACUUUCACAAUGUGUUGGAUGCCAUCUUAACUUUGGAAUCUGAGUUUCUAAUUCAACCCUCAGGAAAUGAAGUUCAUCCACAUGUAUUGAACAACAAUCGAUUUUAUCCGUACUUUAAGGAUUGUUUAGGGGCCAUAGACGGUACUCAUGUUCGGGUCAACGUGCCAAGAUGUGAAGUUCCGAGAUUUCGAGGAAGAAAAGAUUGGCCAACUCAAAAUGUGUUUGCGGCUUGUGAUUUUGACAUGAAAUUCACAUACGUUCUUGCUGGGUGGGAAGGGACUGCAUCUGAUUUGAGAAUUUUUAAAAAUGCUCUUAAUAGAGAUGAUCCGUUGGUUAUCCCCCAAGGAAAAUACUACCUCGGUAAUGCAGGAUUUAUGUUGAAAAGCACAGUGUUGACUCCAUAUAGAGGCGUAAGAUAUCACCUUAAAGAAUAUACACGCAGAGGACCACAAAAUGCACGAGAGUUGUUUAAUCAUCGUCAUUCUUCGUUGAGAAAUGUUAUUGAAAGAACUUUUGGUGUGUUGAAAAAAAGAUUCCCUAUCAUCGCAAGUAGCANGAUUAGAAAGAUGAUCGGAGGUAGAAAUCGGGGUAGCCAUGAGAGAAGAAGAGAUCUUCAAACUGACAUGUUGAAGACCUCUGCAAGUAGUGAAGACGAAAGAGAAGGGUGUUUGGAGGAGGAAGAAGGGGGUUCAUGGAGACCACGGCAGCGGAUGAAGAAGACCCGGAAGGAGGAGGAAGAAGGCAGUUGA